AUGUUAUACUUUUUAGGGGAUGAGCAGUCUCUCGCAAUAUGGCGCCGACUUCUUUCGCCAAUCAUUGAUCUCACAAAUCUCUUUUUGAAUUGGAGGUUCUCCAUACCCUUUAUCGUGAACCAGACUGCUUCCAUACUCUUCGUUAUGCUUGUGUCCCGUUUUCCUGUGUCUGUAGUUGUCCCAUGCGUGAACGCAUUGCAGUUCGUGUUCACAGCAGUAACUGGUCAUGUAAUUGGUGAGUACACUACACACACAUAUGCAGUUCCAGAGUCGUAUUUGAACCUCGCUGCCCACGACUCACAGCGGCGAAAUGUGUCUCGAAAGCGGCUGCGGCAACUUCCCGCUCACGGCGUAUUAGACAUUGCAUCGGCACCAGAACCCAAUCAACUCAACUGA